AACAUCUGGGGUGUCUGAUAAUGCUUGGCUUGGCAGGGACUUCAUGCCAAGUCCCGCCAUCAACACGGUUGCUGGUGUUUAUUGGGGAGGGGGAGAGCUACAGGGGCCUGGUCACAGGAAAGGGUGUCUCAGAGCCCCUUCUCAGGAUCCCCAUUCUGUCUGUUACCCCUUCUACAGGAAGAUAACUAAGAGUAGGGCACCAAGUCUAUCCUUUUGGGGGGACUCAGUGCCUCGCUUUACCCAACACCUGAACCCUCAACCUCUGAGCCCCCAGCCCCUGAACCUCUGACUUGGCUUUAUAUAUGGGGUCAGUCCUUAAGGCCCAGCCCUUAAACAGGCUGAGAUGAGGUCUCUUCCUCAGAAACAGUGACCCCCGCCUUGCCUGCCUCUUAUCAGGGGCUGCAGCCAAUCAGCUGAGGGCAGAGAGGAGCCCUCCAAGGGGCCAUUGGUGUCUCAGAGCCCACGAGGCCACGGAGGGAGAGGAGGCCUGAGGCCCAGGGUGGGCACCAGCCGGCCAUGGCUGCAGCUGAGACCGCCUUGCCCUCCAUCAGCACGCUGACCACCCUGGGCCCCUUCCUGGACACACAGGAGGACUUUCUCAAGUGGUGGCGCUCUGAGGAGGUGCAGGACUUGGGUCCGGGGCCCCCUGAUCCCACCGGGCUGCCCCUCCACGUGAGGCCGGAGUUGCAGGACGCGCCCAGGGAGGACGAAGACGGAGAGAGGGACUCGGCCACUGCCUGGGAUCUGGAUCUCCUCCUCACCAAUUUCUCGUGCCCAGAGCCGGGCGGCGCGCCCCAAACCUGCGCUUUGGCGCCAGGCGAGUGCCCCGGGGUGCAAUUCCCGCCGCCGCCGCCGCCGCCGCCGCCACCCGAGACUCCCAGCCCGUAUGUGGGCGGCCCGGGGCUGGUGGCUGGGCUCUUGGGUCCCGAGGAGCACCCGGGCUGGGCACGCCCGGCCCCAAGAGCCCCGGCCCCGGACGCCUUCGCGGGCUCAGCCCUGGGCCCAGCGCCCGAGCCCAAGGCACUGCCGCUGCAGCCGGUGUACCCCGGGCCAGGUGCGGGCUCCUCCGGCAGCUACUUCUCGAGGACCGCGCUUUCAGUGCCCACGGCGCCAGGCGCCCCCUACGGGCUGCUGUCCGGGUACCCAGCGCUGUACCCGGUGCCGCAGUACCAAGGGCACUUCCAGCUCUUCCGCGGGCUCCCGGCGCCUGCGCCCGGCCCCACAUCACCCCCUUCUUUCUUGAGUUGUCUGGGACCCGGGACGGCGGGUGCGGGACUCCGAGGGACCGCAGGAGACCCAGGAGGGAUCGCGGACGCGGCGCCAUCCAAACGCAGCCGGCGAUCGUGGGCGCGCAAGAGGCAGGCGGCGCACACAUGCACGCACCCGGGCUGUGGGAAGAGCUACACCAAGAGCUCGCACCUGAAGGCUCAUCUGCGCACGCACACAGGGGAGAAGCCCUACGCCUGCACGUGGGACGGCUGUGGCUGGAGGUUCGCGCGCUCGGACGAACUGACCCGCCACUACCGGAAGCACACCGGACAGCGCCCCUUCCGCUGCCAGCUCUGCCCGCGCGCUUUUUCACGCUCCGAUCACCUGGCCCUGCACAUGAAGCGUCAUCUUUGAGCCCUGCCCCAACACUUGGACCCGUCCUGGGGAUUGGGGAUGGGACAAGAGCAGAUCCACACAGGGUGCUUUUCCCUCGGACGGGCCCUCUCCUGGAUUCGCGGCCCCACAGAUCCACCCAAAGAUCAAGGACUGGCCCACAGACAGACUGGGGGAGCCUCCAACCCAAGCUCCCACACAUCCUCAGCCACAGAGCUACACAGAUACAGCAAGACAGAGAGACCUCCAAAUAAACGGACUCAGUUGGACACUCAGACAUUUCGGAGAGACAGACCCUCAGAGAGCUGGACCCUCAGACCAGCUUACAAGAGGCCCUGGGCAGUGGGAGUGGUUGUGGGGUGAGGCUUCCCAAAGACCCCGGGCCUGGAAGGGGGCUUCACACCUUGACUAAUGAAGCUCUGCAUAGUGGCUGGAUCUGCUGUGAAUGGUUAUGGGUCCUGUACCAAUGCCCCUCCCAGAUAAAGGUUCAGCGUUGGCCUGACUUUGUGGGUUUUGGCUGCUGGAAGAUGGGAGGAAGUUUACUCUCAGGGGUGAGUUUGGGGGGCCAUACACACCUUCACACCCUCAUGUAAACUUCAGCGACCCCUCUUGGCACUGGAGGCUUUGCCGCCCCUCCCGGUCACACCCCCAGAUUAGCCUAAAUCGUCCUUGUCUCCUGCCUUGAACCCCAGGUACAUUCACUGGGACCGUCUCCCUCGGUCCCCAGCCCUCAGCCUGGCCCCAUCACCCUCCACCGUGACCCGAUCCAAAAUAUUCCCUUGAAUAGCUACCUCAGGGGGCCCCAGGAAAACAUGUGGAAUAAAAAGGGGGAGGAUCAGGAGCACAAGCGCCCCUUAAAAGAGCAAAAUUCACAAGAGUUAGACCUCAGGUUGUAAGACAGGAAAGGAAAAAAUCCAAUCUGCGUUUGACCCAGGAGCCGGAGCAGCGGGGUGCUAACGGAAGACAGCGGUUUGAGAC